AUGGACCCGUCCGCUUUCGUCGCACCGGCGAGGAUCGGCGUGCUGCUCGUGCCGUUGCAUCCGAUCAAGCGCGCUCGGUUCCAACAGUAUGCCGAUCAGAUCAGGGCAUUCGAUAGUAUAGAACUGUCCCAGGUACCUGUGGACAACAGGGGGGACAGAGGUAAGUCUAGAGGCUAGAGGCGAGGGGAAAGGGGACAAGGGUGAUCGAUCGAUGAACCCCUGUCCUGUCGUGUGUGGUCGUGGGGGGGCGGGGGAUGGGCGCACAACGCUGACAAGGACAUGACCAUAACUUCAAUAAUAACAUAAACCCCAGCCAUCUUUUCUUCCUCACCCACAACGACCGGCCAACUGCUGUUCGAGUACCUGACCCCCACCACCUACGCCUCGGCGCACCCGCUCGCCUUUCUCGCCGAGUUCCAACUCCACCGCCAGGUCCACGGCAUCAUCGGCAUAUUCGACGCCUCGGAACACACCGACAACUCGACCUCGCUCCAGCACGCGCUGGCCCAGUUCCACCACGCGCUCAGGAGGUUGCCCAAGACGUUCGCCGUCAAACUCUUUGGCUUCCACCCGAGCGAGCACCAGCUCACCGAGGCGCAAAAGCACAUCAACGAGAACGAUGGGCUGGUGCUCAUACCCGCCACGACCCAGAUCUCCUUCUUCCUCGGCACCGUACUCGCCGACUUUGCGGGGCACAUACUGAGAGAGUUCUCCAACCUGGUCAGUACUUGCCGCGAUCCUUGGGCCCCACUACCGAACAAGACUGACCUGAAUCACGCAUGAUGCAGGCCGCUCAACUCGAAUCGAGGACCUCGAUACCGACACCCCAGGAGACACCUCAACUGACCUCGCCCUUUACCUUCAUUCCGACCAAACCGAAUGCGCGAUCGACGAUUCACUCGUACACCGCGGGAGCCACGCGCCCCACCGCUGUUCGCUCCUCUUCCUUGCCCCCCAAUACCACCCCCAACAACAGUACCAGCACCAGCACGAAUGCCUCAGCAAGUAGUAGCCACCUCAACAACUCCGCGGGAGCAGCCAAGGGAGGAGGAAUCAUAUCGAACGAAACGCCCAAAAUCGACUUGACCGCCUUCGGCCUCGCCGCACCCCCUCAAUCCCGCACCUCGCUCGGUCUCUGGGGUGGAUCCUCCUCGGGCAAUCAGGAAGGUUUCCUCUACGGCCGCUCCAUCCAAUCCCACGUCAACGUCGCACCCAACGCUGCACCUUCCCCGCCUCCAGGCUCGACUCUGGUCGAUUCGAAAUCGAGAAAAAAGGUCGCGGGAAGGGAACGCAAGUUGAUGGCCGACAUGUGGCUCUUGGCCGGACGGACCGAGCAAGCGAUCGCUUGUUAUGAGGAGGCGAUUGCUUUGUUGAAGUUGACUUGGUCCGACAAUGUUUGGUACGCUUCCGCGCUGGAAGGGUUGACGAUCGCUUUGGUCUUGCAAGCUUGGAGACCACCGUCCCCCGCCGCUGCUGUUGCUGCAGCUGCGACGGCGAAGCAUGCUUCGACGAACUCGAUAUCCAAAUCGACGAACUCGAUAUCCAAAAAGACGGCGAAUGGAACCUCGACCCCGACUUCGACCUUGGCUUCGAACGCCGCCGACCCAUCGACAUUCCUCUCUUCCAUCCCUGAUCGACUAGGUCAAGCUGUAGGCUUGUACGAGAAGAUGCUUCCCAAUCUAGCCCUGGCCAACUCGCUCGAAACACCACCUCCUCCGGACCCAGAUUGCUGUCAUCCCUUGAUCUACGCCGAAGCAUGUCUCCGUAUCGCUCGGUUCCUCCUCGCCGUUCAUGAAGCGAGGGGCAAGAUCGAACGAGCGAUCGAGAAGCUCAUCAUUCCUUCGAAUUGCUCGGCUUCGUCGGCGUUGCGCAAGGGCUCGACGUUCAUGACGUCGACCUCUGCCGCGCGGACGAAGAAUAGCGAGGACGAAGCACAAGAAGCUCGGUGGCGGUCAUUGUCCCCUUCAAAUCCCGUACCGAGGUCGAUGAUCGCUCAAUGGGCAAGUAUGGCAUACAGCGCUCAUCUGGGUCAACUUGCCCUUCCGACACGGUUGAGGGUCACGGGUGAGAUCGCGAGUUUCUUUGGUCGGAUCGGGUAUCGGAGGAAAGAAGGCUUUGUCUUGAGGGAACUCGCAGCGUUGUGUGGUCAAGGAGUCGCAGGUAAAGGCGUCGAAGUCUUUUCUGCCGUUCAUGGCACUAGUCCGACAAGUCCCGUUUCAGCAACCAAGGACGGACACAAGGUCAGCGGAGGCCAGUUGUUACCUGCCAUGAAUGACAGAACCGCUUCGAUCGUCCGCACGACCUCGGAUUCGGCAGGUAACGAAUCCAUUAUCCGCAUCGCCGAGAAGGUGUGCGAAUCGUUCGGGAUCGUCGUCGUUCCUCGGAUAGCCAGAGACACCUCCACCCCCAAUACGGCAUCGGGGCAUCAUUUGAGGCAAAAGUCUCUUCUACAAGGACGACCCCUGGAAUUAGAUUACCGGCUCUCUUCCUCGACUAGUCCUUUUGGUUGGUCGCAUCUACAAAUGGGCGUUCUUAAGGAUGCUAUCUCCGUCGCCGAGGCAUUACCAGAUUAUCAAGCCGCCAUUCGGUUCACCGUCACUGCAUUAAGGGCGUUCGCCGAAACGAUGCCAGCUUGGGAUCAAUUGGAGUUGAGUCGGAACAUCCCGAGGAUCUUUGCGGCGGCGACGAGAAGGGGGGCGGCUUUUGAGUUGGAGUAUUGGGGUCCGACGCAGUUGGUCAUGUCCCUAGAGAUGGCACCGUGAGUGGUAUCAUCGCAAAUCAGCAGCAUGCGAAAGAUGAUUGUGGCUGAUGCUUCAAAGACCCAUGGCUCAUAGACUUACACCGAAUCGAUUACCGAUCGAGCACUCGAUCAAAGACGCCGAAGCGAACGGGACGUUCAACAACUUUGCUCUGGCCAAGAAGGAUCCUUUCAUAAUAGGAGGACAACGAAGCUCUUUGAACGCGUCCCACGAUCCCAACGAUGUAUCGUCACGCAUCCGUCCAAGAUUGAUCACGAACGAAGUCGCCGAAGUCUUCGUGACGCUGCAGAACCCCUUCGGCUUCGACCUUGAGAUCCAAUCGAUGCAACUCAGUACUACUGGCGUCGAUUUCAUCUGCGACGCCUUGUCGACGAUCGUUCCCGCCGGAUCAUUCCAUACCGUUCGAUUAUCAGGGACGCCUCAAGCUCCGGGUCGGUUGACAAUUCGAGGAUGUCAUAUCCUUCUCGCGGGGUGUACGAGUCGAGAGUUCCUCUUGCCCGUUUGGAAUGAUCAAGAGGAGGACAAGAGGCAGAAAGUCGCUUUGCUCGAUACGGCGAGGGAACGGAUCAAGACGACGGGGUUGACGGCGUUUGUGACGAAUCGUCAGGCGAGUCAAGGAGCGGCCGAACAAUCGACGACGACGACAACGGAGCAAGAGUUCCGCUUCUUGGAAUGUACGGUCGUGCGAGAGAUGCCGUUGUUGUGUGUGCGUUCGACGUCGUUGACGCAUGGGGCAUUGAUGUUGUACGAUGGAGAAACAUCCACCAUUCGGAUCGCCCUUGAGAACGUCUCGACGCGACCUGUCGAUUUCGUCAAGUUGACCUUCUCUGACUUGCACACGACGACGACGCAAGCCUACGUGGAUGAAAACGAGUUACCGCCUGCCGAAGCGUACGAGAUCGAAGCCGAUAAUCGAGAUCGACCGGUCUUCUCCUGGACGGUCGACCAAGUGCCCCGCAUCAAACCGGGUCAGACCUAUCUCCUCGAUGUCCAAUGUUUGGGAAAAGUCGGUUGCGGGAGCGGGACGAUCCAAAUCGAUUAUGCGACGUUGCCUCCUUCGGAAGCCAUGACCGAUCCAACAACGGUCUUCCACACGCGUCAAAUUCUCUGCGACGUCUUCAUGACCGUCCAUCGCGCAUUGCUCGCACACACACUCGAUAUCCUCCGCUUACAAGCCCUUCCUGAGCACGUUGCUUUCGCCCAUGGUCGUUCGGCGAGUGUGGCUCAUCUAGGGAGACGCGGUGCGGCAUUGGAUCAAAGGCUUGAACAGAGCUUGAGGGACGUUGACGACGGAGAACAUUGUUUGGUGUCGAUUGAUGUGAUGAAUGCUUAUGGGAAGCCAUUCGAGGUCAAGAUUGAGCGGUGUGAGGACGGUGAGUUGAGGCAGAGGCUGGGAUUGUUCGCUGCACGAAGCUGAUUUGAUUCCACUUCAUUUCCGAGUGAACAGAAAGCGGUUUCUUCCAAGUACGCCAACGUCUCGAGCCAGGGGCGACCCUACGCAUGCUCGCUCGCAUCGACCGCAUCAACAUUCCUGCCGAAGAAGCCGAACGUCCCAUCCCAGCCUUAUCCGAACGUCAAUUCGUCCUCUCCAAGCACCAAGUCUCAGCAGCCGAACAACGCUCCACCCGUGAACUCUUUUGGUUCCGCGAGGAACUCCUUCGCCGCAUCCGAGCGACCUGGAAUGAAGUCGGCUCCUUGAGGACGGGCACCAUCUCCCUCCGUUCCCUCAAGCUCUCCUCAAGCCUAUUGGACGUCCUCAAAGGUGACGAAGUCGAAGUCGAACUGCAACUGGUCGAAAACGAAGCCUCCUCCCCCGAAGCCUUUCAUUUCAAAGGCCGAGGGAACCGCCUCGUCUACGCUGCCCAACCGAACGAAUUCAUCGACGUAUGUGCUUAUGUGUCGAAUCAUUCCCCGUUGGCCGUUCAAUUGGCGCUGAGGUUGGAUCUCAAACCCCCCGAUGCGACGGUCGCUUCGUCACUCACUCAUUUGGCAAGACAUAUCAUCAUUGAAGGAGUCUCCCCCGUCGCUGUGAGGACGCUGUUACCAGGGGAGUCGGAGACGGUCAAAGUGUCGAUUUGUCUACUGGCCGAGGGGAGGUACGAGUUGGGGUGCGUGGUGGAGGAUGUAAGGGAAGGUGCGGAGGCGGAUAAGGCCUGGACGGUGAGGGAACCUUUGAUUGUUGAUGUAGCUUAA